AAAAGUUGCCGUUAUACUAUUAAAGCUUUCGAAUAUUCCCUUUAAAAGAAAUUGUCUUUUAUUUUUGUACGAUUAUUUUAAAAUUUGACAGGUAUUAUUGGAUUACCUCGAUAAAACUGUAAGAAAUGUUAAUAGUCCAGAUGAAAUAUUAUUUCGUAAUUAUGUAAAAGAUUCUAUUCCAUUGGCUGUUUCAGUAUAUACACUUUAUAAUAUAGUUGCAGUUGGAUUUACUCAUAUGCAAUUAUACAAUCCAACUCUUAUUCUUCCAAAAGAAUUAUGGUAUCCACUUCCACUUGAGCCAUUCAAGAGGAAGAUACUUGAACUUACACAACAAUUUAUCUAUAUUUUUCAUUCUGGUGUAUUACAUGUUGCAGAAGGUUUAAUUUUUAUGUCAAUGCAUAUUGCCAGAGCAAAAUUAAAUGUUCUUACUAAUGAAUUUCCACAUGUUAGUAAUGAAUUGCAGUUGAGAAGAUGUAUCCAACUUCAUCAAGAAGUAAUAUGGUUUGUCAAUUUAUUGAAUAGUACUUCACGUUACCUUAUUCUUAAACAAACUCUGGCAGUUUUUUUAUAUUUGACAUUGGGAUUUUUUCAACUUCUUCACCAAAAAGAUGUUGUGAAUCCUUUUUUAAUUCAUCAAUUUUUAUUGGUGAUAAUAGUUGUAAACUAUAGAGUUUAUUUUGGAACACAAUGUGCGGAUGCUGUAACUUUAGUGGGAGAAAACUUACGAUUCUCGAUACCAUGGGCAGGACAGUCUUUAAGAUCAUCAAAAUCAAUGUGCAUAGUCAUUCAAAGAUGUCAAAAACCACUGAUUAUAUCAGUAUCUGGUAUUAUUGCCCAAUAUUCCUGUUGGUACUAUGGCAGCUUUCUGUACAGGACAUUUUCAUACUUUCUAACUUUAAAAGCUGUAUUAGGACUUUAAAAAUGAACUUUUGAAUUAUAACUAUUGAAAUUGUAAUAAAUUGUUAUUUAUCAAAAUAUAGUUCUACGUACAAAAAUAAGAAAUAAAUAACAGAAAAAAAUUAUAGCUAUACAUAUAUUUUUAUAUAGUAAAUGUAAAAUAUUUCCAUUCUUAAAUCAAAUUGUACAAAGAAAAGGAAAAAGAAAAUCUUGUUAUUUUAAUAAAUUAUUGUGAU